GUCAGAACUGUGAAAAUAUAGACUAUGAGUGUUUCAGUGUUCCUUGGAAUAUAGUCUGUCAGAGGAAAAGGAAUUUUAGAACAUAGAGUAGAAUGUCAGAAAUGGAAGAAAUCCUAGGACGCAGAAUAUAAAAUUCUAUAAAUAUCUAAUCCAGGAAAGGGGGGAGAUGCAGUAGGAGGAGGCAAAGGGAGAGGAGGGGAGGGUGAAGAUGUGGGAGGAGGAAGAGAAGGAGGAGCUAUCAGCUGUGGCAGAGAGUGGAUGGUGGGUACUGCGCUGAGCAGACAAGUGUGAGACUGAGGCUGCCACAGCCUAAGCAGGUUGGGAAGAGAAGGAGGGCUUGAGGCCACAGCUGAAGUGGAACAGGAGGGAGAAGGGAGCCGGGGCCCAGGCUGAGUGCGCACAGUUGCGGCUGAAAAUGGAAGUCAUGGGUGGACAGGCCCCUGGGGGGCCUGGAGGUCUGGCAGCGGUAAAUAUGGGGCCUGAAGCCCUCAUCCUAGCAGUGGCAGUGGCUGGGGCUGGAGGAGGGCCGGGGCCUACGACAGCGGCCGGGAGUGGAUCAAGUCCAGAGUCCGAGACAUGGACAUGGACAUGGACAUGGAAGGGGGAGUGGUCAGGGCAGGAUAUAGCACUAGGCCCGACGUUGGCCGCUCUAUUGCUGCUGUACGCUGCAUUAUGGGCCAGUGUGGUAGAGCUGAGAUGGAGGGUCCUGGACCUUGCGCAGCAGCAGGAAGAAGAACCAGACCCAGAAGCAGGGGCAGAGGAAAGGGCAGAGACAAAGACAGAAGUAGACGCAGGGGCGGAAGCAAAGCAGGUGCAGGAGCAGGAGGCUAAACAGGAGUCAGAGCUCGAACACAAGCCAGAGGCAGUGCCCGAGAUGGAGAAGGAGCCAAAGGCAGAGCUGGAGGAGCUACGGGAGCCUUCGGGUGCUUGGGGCCCAAAGGAACCUGCAUCUUUAUGUGAGAUAGGGCCCUGGAUCAAUGGGCCUACGCCAAUGGUGUGCGCCUGCCCUAGGGAACUAGCAGGUUCAACGGUUGCUGUCCGCUCGGGUAUGGUGCUGAAAUUGACGCCAUUGUACGCAAGAUCAGGGGGUUUGCUGCUGUCUCACUCUCAGCAAGAGAUCCUAGAUCAGCGCAGCUUUCGAUUCCCGCGUCCUUUCGGAGUGGAUCUGGUCUGCUCGAACAGCUUCUGGAACAAUGGACCCUUCUUCCCUCGGCUUGGAGCCUUCCAAGAGCAUCUGCUUAACCUACUAGAGCAGGAGUCCUGCCAAGCCAGGACCAACAUCCUCAUCUUCCUGGACACCAAGGUCAUGAAAAAAUUCUACAAUCAGGUUUUCAAUGCCUACAAAAUGAAUGGAGAACCAAAAAUGAGUGGCCUACCACUCCAGCAGCUCUUUGAGAUCUUGCUGUCCUGUAAGAAGAUCACAAGUACCUAUAUUAAGAGGAACAUUGCUGUAACCAUAGAGGGGGAAGCUGCACAUUUGCUCAAUUUUGAUACAGGGUAUGAUGUGAAUCUUGGACUUCGGGGCCUGGAAUCAAAUGAAGAAAUAGUCACCAACAUGGCAACAAUGGAGAACUGUACAGAUGUUUUCCAGCCUCUGUCAACUAAUGCUAAACAACCCAGCGAAAUUGUUGAAGAAUUUAAAAAUGAUGGGUUGUUUGGUGAUCAUUUUGAGUGAACAGUUGCAAGGAGAAAAGGUCUUCCAUAUAUGGUAGACCUAUCUAGCCAGGAUAUUCUUGCAAAAGCCUCCAAAGUUAGUGAAAAUACUCCUAAUGAGCAAAUUGUGUUGUCAUGGUUUCAUGCCUUUAAAUGUAGAUCAAACAAAUCUGGUUAUAAAAUAUAGGAUUCCAAUGAACUGUCAGUUUCACACACUGGAAAAACACAAACAUACACACACACACCACUGUCAUGCUUAGUAUAAACUGGGUUACCAAGGAUAAAAAAAAUGCAGUACUUGAUGUCUUGUGAUUUCAUGAGAAAGAAUGAGGUACUAGAGCUCUGGUCCCCCCUUACUUGUAAAGAUAUCAUGGAAUGGCAGAGGAGGACACAGAAACACAGAAUUCACAGCUGGGAGAGACCCUGAACAUAGUACAAAGGAUGCCACAUUUAGGAGGGAUCUUAAAGAGGUUCCGUUAGAGGAGUCUGCAGUUAGCUUUAGUGUCUCUCUUCAAAUAUGUGCCAAAAUAAGGAAUGGAGACUGUACUUGUAUGUUGAUUCCUUUCAUUAAUGCACUAUGAAUCACCCCAUUAGAGAAAUGUUGAUUGUAUGUGAUCCUAUAUAUAAUGCCCAUCUGUAGAGCAUAGUUAUUAAAGUGAUAUUAUUGUUUCUUAUAUAGUAAAUGAAUAUUGUUGGUCUUUUUUGUAUUGUAUUAAUGGAUAAGUUAAAUAAAUAUAUAAAACAGUAUGUAUGAAGUUGGUGGAAAAUUCUCUUGAAAAGAAAUGAAAUGAAAGAAUAGAAUUGAAAAGAAAUGUUAACUUAAUUAGACAAAUGUAUCUUAUCGACAUUUUUAUCUUCCCCUCAUUAAAUAUGGUGUCCUAGCCUUAAUAAAAAGCAAAAGAAUUGUUUAUUGAA